AUGAAUGCUCCAUCCUGUUCAUCUCCGCCCGCACUGAUCGUUGGAAGCAUCCGCUCCACCAACAACGGCGACGGUCUGGCUUCUUGGUUGAUGGCGAGGUUCAACUGCGUCGCCGAUUCCGUUACCAAGCUCGUCCUUGCCUCCAACCUGAUGGAGGAUAUACCUCUGCCUACCGGACCCGUUAUAGACCCCGUGAUAGCCGCAGCAAUCGAGUCGCCAGAAGACUAUGCCGACCCAGCAGCAGGGAUGCCGAAAAAUAAAUUGGCCUGGAGCCGGGUCGUGACUGCCACACCCGCCUUCGUGAUCCUCACACCGCAGUACAAUUGGGGAUAUCCCGGUCAGCUCAAGAACCUCCUCGAACACCUGUACAAAGAGUGGAAGAAUAAACCAGUCGUGCUGGUGACGUACGGCGGGCACGGCGGCAGUAAAUGCGUUGAGCAGCUUCAAGUGGUUUUGAGCGGCGGAUUCCACAUGAGCGUGGUCGCCCACAUCGGUAUCAGCCUCCCCAAGGAAUUCAUCCGAAGCUCUGAACGCGUCGACGUGGCCGCCGUUCCCUCUUUUCUGGCUGAGUAUCAGACACAGGUAGAUAAUGCCUUCACACUCCUCCUCAAGGGACUGCAGCAUUAA